AUUUUAGAUGAUAUACAAAAUGUAUGUCACCAUUAUUCAGAAAGAACUAAAUUUAUGCGUCCUUCUGAAAGAGAAUUACAUGAAUUGUUUAUGGAGCAGCAACAGCUACUAGAAAAGGUGGAAUCAAAUGAAAAAGAACUACAGAAUGCUAGGGCUCUUGCAAUUAGCCAGCCAGGCAGCAUCAGUGAUUAUAAGCUACAGGAACUAACCAACCAAAGACAAUCUCUCAUGGCAAAUCUAGACACAAUUAUGAAUGAAAUACAAACAGAAUUUACAUCUGAAAGUGUUUCUCUUCUGCAGCCUGAUGACUAUAUGUUACAUGACCUUUCUGAGGAAAAAAGACGUUUGAUUGAAGAACUAGAGCAAACUACCAUUAAUUUACUAAAAGCAAAGAGUAUUGCUUCAGAAAAAGGUAUCAUUGGAAAAUCUAUUGAAAAGGAAUUAUAUGACCUAUCAAUGAAAAAGAAAGAAUUGCAAGAAAAGUUGCAGUCCAAUGAGAAGGAAAUAGAGGAAGCUCAGAUUCUUGCAUCCAUCCAUCCAGGCAUUAUAAAUGAACAUGCACUUCAAAAAUUAGUUAAGACAAAAAGACGCUUGACUAUAGAUUUAAAAGCAACUGUACAUGAUAUCCAGAAGGCAGAACAUGUUUUAGAAAUGGCUCAGAUUAAACGAUCUGAAGAAAUGAUUCAAAAAGAGAGAUCACUGAAUCACCUACUUAAAAAAAAGGAGUUACUACAGAAACGUUUGCAUUCCAACUGGACAGAACUGGAAGAUGUUCAGGCUCUUAUGGCUGCCAAACCCGGAUAUAUCAAGGAGUAUAAAGUACAACUAUUAACUGAUGAAAGAAACAAUGUGUAUAAAGAGCUAAAGGAAGUUUUUCAGGACAUAUUAGCAUUGCAGCAAGGUGUUUCGGAGAAAUUUCCAGAUAGACGUUAUGGAGAAAAAGAAUUAUAUACACUAUCUGACAAGAAAGAACGGUUAUUGGAAAAUUUAAAAAGGCUACAAGAAGCUCAAGCUCUUGCAGCGACCCAACGUGGCAGUGUGGGUGAAGCUAAACAAAAGGAGCUAACUGAGCAAAGGAAAUAUUUAACUGCAGAGUUAGACACAAUAGUAAAGAAUAUUGAAAGAGUGGAACGUAGUACUUCAGGAAUACUUCUAGAUAUAGGAGCAAGUGAGAAAGAUCUACAUGAAUUGUUAGAAAAGAAGUUUGAAAUACUGGAGGAUUUGGCAGUCAAUCAAAAAGAGCUGCUGGAAGUUCAAGUUCUUGCAGCUAUCCACCCAGAUAGUACCUGUGAUUUUAAAUUACAAGACCUUACUACAAAAAAUAGGCAUUUGACUGAAUAUCUAGAAGCAACUGUACAAGAUAUACAAGAAAUACAUGAAAUACCAAAAGGCUUUUCAGAAACAAUUAUUAUAACAAGACCCAGUGAAGAAGAAUUACAUGUACUAUCUAAGAAGAAAGAAUGCUUGCUAGAAAAUCUGGAAUCUAAGAAGAAAGAAUUAAAAGAAGCUGAAACUCUUGAAAUUAGUCAACCAGGCACGGUCAGUGCACAUACACUACAAGAACUAAAUGAGCAAAGAAGACAUUUAACUGUAGAACUAGAGUCAACUGUAGAUGAUAUACAAAAAAUAGAAGAUCGUGCUUCAGAAGAAGCCUUAAUGAAAAGAUCUGAAGAAAUGAAACUGCAUAAACUACGUGCAUGGAAGAAGCUUUUAUUACAACAUUUGGAAUCAAAUCUGAAACUACAAGAAGAAAUCCAGGCUAUGGAACCAGAUAAUACCACUGAAAAUAAGAUAGAGGAAUUACAUGAACAAAGAAAGGUUUUAAUUGAAAACCUGGAAACAGUUGUGGAAGAUAUAAAUGAUAUGAAAAAUUAUAUUUCAGAAACAGGAGGAAUUAUCAAAUAUGUUG